UUAAAUUUCGUACGGACCACUCAAACAUAAAGGGGUGGAGACGAACAAAGUAUAUUUUUUUGUGGAAUAAAAUAAUUCAGCGUUACAGAUGCAACCACUUAUUGUCGCUUCAUGGCAUGGAUAUUGCCAUUUUUGAUUAAGCACCUUCAGUUUUUUAUUAUUAUUUGUAUAGUGUUUAUUUUUUGUGAACCCACGACAAACUGUGACAUGCUGUAAACAUUAAUGGACCAAACUGACCACAGCCAUGGAAUGAAUACUUGACAACCACACAUGCACAAACACACACAGAAACACACUCCAAAAUACAGUAUGUAACAGCAACACUAAAUCAGAACAAAUUCAUUGUUAAAAAUGAAAAAUAAGUAGCACUAAUAGAGUUAAAGUAACACUGUACCUUUUACAGUUGCAACGUUACGAAUGAGUUGACCACAGAUCUGCCUUACCUCUCCACACGCGACCCCUGACUUUACAGCCACACUUUCUUCUUCACACCUCCCAACCAACUUCUCCCACACACACACACACACACACACACACACACACACACACACACACACACACACACACACACACUCCCCCAGUGCCACAAAUGAAAAUGCUCACCACUAUGACAUACCGCAUGCCGAACUUCACCCUGGAGCAGAAGCUCUACCUGCUCCAGAAGAUCCACAGCGUGGUAGAUGCCGUGCAGGACUUCCGCAAGGACACCAACACUACCGUGUACCGCAACGCCGUGUGGGCGGAGCUGGCACAGGUCUUCAAUGAGGCUUUCCCCAAUCGGCCACCCAGCAGCGUGGGCUCCUUGAAGACGCUAUGGAAACGGCUGAAGGUGGAGUGCCGCGUGGCGCUGCAGAGACGGCAGGAGCAGCAGGCGGCGGGUGUGCCCCUCACUGCCCUCACUCAGGUGCAACGGGAGGUAAUGACUCUGGUGCCAAACUUGAUCUCCAACAUGGAAGACAUGGAUGGAGAUGUCAGCUAUGUCUCCGUCACAAACAGCUCACCUGGGGCAGUGGCUGGUGGUACCAAUGGGAAUGAGCAGGAGGACAUUGACCAAAAUGAUGAAGUUGACAGUAAAGAGCUUGUAGCCAUCGACAUAGGCUUGGCCUCCCCUCCGGAGCCACUGCAAAACUCUGGAGUACCGAUUAGCCCUGGCCCUCCUUCCCCCUCCCAGCAGUUCCAUUCCUAUUCCACCACUUCAAGGGCUGCCACCCAGCGGCCUUCCGUCUUCUUCCCUAGCCAGUCCCAGCCUGGUUUAGGGGCAGGGUCAAGGGGUAUGCUCUUCGACCCCCCGCGCAGAGUCUCGGUGGCGCCUCACCUUCCACCCAUGGCGUCGACGGAGAACUCGCUGCCCCUCGUGGACGGCCGCAGGCCGGACGCGAGCUGGGAGGCGCGGCGGCAGGAGGCCCUGGAGCUGGAGCACCAGCAGACAAUGAGUCUGUUGCUCCUCCAGCAGUGUGUGUGGGAGGAGAAACGGCGGGCGGCCCGGCAGAAGGAGAGAGCGGCGCGUGCCAAGAAGCGCUACUACAAGGCCAAACUGUGCAGGCUGGGCGUCGAAGUGUUGCCUUCAAGCAGCGACAGCGAGGAGGCCGCAGAGCAGACGUGACCUCCGCCGUUUACAACGCCCUGACUUUUUUUUGUAGAGUUGUUUGUGUGUUUUUUAAAAAUCUAUCAAUGCUUUUUUUACUUUCCUACCAAAACAGAUGAUUUUAUUUUUGUGUACCCAUGUGUUCAAGUCCAGUGUGUUUUUGGAGUAUGUCAUUUUUGUCAUUUAUGUGGACCAGUGGAUCAUGUUGCUUAAGAUAUUCUUGAUCUAAAUGAUCUAAGCACUCCUCUCUGUCAUUAGAUCUUCCAUUUAAGGUAGCUCUGGAUUCAACACAAAGUAGGGCUACCUUAAAUAUCUACUGAGGUUUUCUCAGGUUUUUUUAGUUAAAAUUAUUUAGUUGUAGUUGAUUGAUAAGUGGUUUUCAGGGCUGAUGAGUGAUAUAAUGCUGAUAUUGUGAAUGACAACAUAUUAUGAUCUUAGGUGGAACAGUGUCAGUUUUCCUCUAACCCAUCCAGCUGAUAUGAAGAGGACAAAAAGAUCAAAGGAGGGCAGUCUGUCGUAGAGCUUUGUACCAGGUUUUCAUGUAGAGUGUAAGUCUGUAUAAUGACUCGUUCUCAGGGUGUGUUUGGCUGGACGGGCCUGCUCAAGACUGAAAUUUCUUGGGGGAAAAAAGUGGGAGGGAGAAAGUGUCUAUUUGACCUCAAACUAACAAAAGAAUAUUUCAGAUUGUCCAAGCCACAAACACAACAGCAAACUUGCCAUCACUUUGAAACAUCUUUCAGGUAAAGGAAAAUACAAAAGACUCAAACAAACCUUUUAGCAAUAAUUUUUUUUAAUGUCCAACAUUUCUCUUGUACAGUUUUUGUGGUAACCAAUCAUAGGCAGCUUCCUCCAGGAACCCUUCAAUGGAAACAGGAUAGUAGACAUCCCAUCAUAAACCCAGUAACCAGUGAUUCAGCUUCAGCCCCUCCCUUUCUCUGCACUCACAUAUUUUCUCAUCUCUCUCUAAGAUGACACACUUUGCCUUACCCAGAAUGCAUUGUUAAUGGUAGAAGAGGAGCUCAUAUCAAACAAUACAUGUACCAAAAUGUUAUACAUUAUACAUGUUAAAGUAAAUUCCACUCUUGUGAUCAACAAAAUUAAGUUUCUCUCUCUCUUUCUCUCUCUCACACACACACACACUCACACUCAUACAUGCAAUCAUAAAAACACUCUGGGAUGUGGUUAACGGAUAACUUAACCUUAACAAAUAUUAAUAAUAAAUAAAAUAAAUCAAUUUUAUGUCUAUACAAGAUAAAGGUUCAUCGUUAUAAAUAAAAUAUAAAAGAUGUAAAUAGUAAAAAAGGAUUGGAGCACUUUUUGAUGAGUAUGAGGUAUAAAAAGAAAGAUAUUGAUUCCCUUAUUUGGCAGAACCAUAGAGCAAAACCUGGGAGAUAAAACUAAUAAGUUUUGG